CAAAUAUGGGUUGCUUGUUGAAUGGGGGGCCUGGGUUGUGUCAAGACCAGUAGGCUUAGCCCACCAAGUAUUUAAGUGUAAGAAUGCAUUUUCCCUCCUCUCAUCCUUCCUAGCCUGCAAGUGUAACCCUGGAGGCUCUACCAACGGAGCAGCGACUUGUGAUGAUGUCACCGGUCAGUGCAUCUGCCUCCCCCAUGUGACUGGGCGGGACUGCAGCCAAUGCCAAGCAGGUUAUUAUGACCUCCAGCCAGGAAAGGGUUGCAAAAGUUGCCAAUGUCACCCAGUAGGUUCUCAACACAGCCGCUGCCACCCGCUCACAGGGCAAUGCUCUUGUCAACCUGGCGUGGAAGGUGUGUCAUGUGAUCAGUGCCAAGCUGGUUUCUUUGGCUUCUCAUUCCAAGGAUGCCGAGCCUGCAACUGCUCCCAGCUCGGUUCUGUCUCCCUCCAGUGCCAUGACAACAGCACAUGUGUGUGCAAGCACGGCUUUGUGGGGUACAAGUGUGACCAGUGCAAAGUGAACCACUUCUAUGACCCUGGGAGCAAUCAGUGCCUGGAGUGCCCUAUUUGCUACAGUCUCGUGAAGGAAGAGGCAGACAAUUUGAAGGCCAAGUUGACAAAGAUGGAGUCAUGGUUGGAGAAACCAAAUUGUGGCGUGAUGAGGGCACGUUAUUAUUCUGCCAUGCUGCGGGAUUCACCACGGGGUGACACUCUCCACAGCCGUUAUCUGUUGAAAGGUGCCAAAGUGGCUUUCCUAGAAGAGCUUGCUGAGCUGGAGAGCCUAGUGCAUGAUGCAGAGAGCCGGCUGAGGAACACCAGUGAGAUUAUGGGCUGUGACAACCAGAGUGGCACCAAGGGCUGCCUCCUCCUCACUGACAUCCUGCCCAUCCUGCAGUCCACACAACAACAGAUCCAGAUGGCCACCGACACAUUGGAUGCCAUGGAGUUUCCUGCUGAGAUGUCGCACCAGCCCACCAACUGGACCCAACAGGCACAGGAGUCUAGAGUGCUGGCCCAGAGCCAUAUGGAGGCUGCAGCCUUGGUAGAGGACACUGCCCAAAAGGCCAUGCUCCUGUCCAAGAAGAGCUACCACCUUCUGCAGAGUAUCAUAGAGGACAAUGCAAACCUGGAGUUUAGGGGACAGAUGGAAGAGAGCUACCAGAGAAUCCAAAAGGCACAGGAGGAGCUUGGCUUCCAGAUGGAAGAGGCUACAGCCAAAGCUGAGGAGACUUUUGCUUCAGUCCAUCAGGGCAACAUGGCAAAGAACCUCACGCAGAUCAGUGUCAUAGAGCUGCACCCCUUGGUUCAGCAGGCUGAAAAUCUUACUCAUUGUGCCAAUGAACUGGAGCACCUGGCAGAACAGAAGAAACACCUGGUGGCCAAUGGAUCUCUUAUUGUAGAGGCCAAACUGGAGGGCGUGGCUCAGAGGAUGAAGGAGUUGGAACAACUAUGGCAAAGGACAAAUGACGCCCACACACAGGCAUCCUCAUCGCUCUCAAAGGGGGAGGCUGUGCUCUCCGAAACAAAGACCUUGUUGGCUACCUUGGAUGGGAUGAAGAGAUUGGGUGCACGUCACAAGCGCCAGUCUGCCACAAACAGGAAAAUGACAGUUGUGCGGGAUCGGGCAAUAGCAGAGGCCCAGAAGAAGACCAGACAAGCUCAGAAGAUUCUGGGAGAUUCCUUUUCAGUCUCUGCUGAGGCCCAGAAAACUUCCAACAAUGCAGAGUUAGUCGCGAAGGAGGGCGCUAAGAAGGCGCAGGACACACUCAGAGAAGCAAAGUGGGAGAAAAAGCGCGUGGAUAAACUUAAGGCACGUGUUGCUUUGACCAUGGCAGAAGCCUCCAGGCAGACGCGCGAGUCUGAAGAACGUGGCAACGACCUCGCUGGACCUGGACAAGUUGCAGCAGAGAUGAACGAUCUUGAGAAGAGCCUCCGAAAUGCCCAGGGCUCCUUGGAGAUGGACAUUGCGGCGCUGAACAGCCUGCUCACCAGUCUCGGCAACAUAGACCACAGUGCUCUGUCAGAAGCUGCACUGAACUUGAGCCAAACCCAGCUGGAGCACUUGCAGUCAAACCUGGCGGGAUCUGGUGCCCUGGGCCAGCAGCUGAGUACCUUGCAGCAUGAGGCUGAAACCCAGAGGGAGAGGAUCGAGGCCUUUGAGAGGGACUUGGCGGAGAUCCAGAGCGACAAGCAGAACCUGGAAUCCAUCCUCCAGAGCCUGCCCAGAAGCUGCUCCAGCAGGAAGUGACACAGCCUCCUUAAACGUGCUCCAGAGCACCAUCCCUGGCAGCGCAAGGAACUGAAGGCUUGAGGAACAUGGCGCGGAGGGAGGGAAAGAUAGAUGAAGGUCAAUACCAUGGAGAAAAUGUCAGGAUGUAAGAGGGAUUUGAUUCAGUUCGCAGUUAAAGGCAAAUCUACCCCACUGCGCUUUCUGAAACAA